GGCUGCGGCAACGCGGAUUUAGGAUGUUUACACAGCAUCUCGCCUCUUGGAAAGUUGAUCGCGUCUCUUAGCCCUGCGCUCCGUGAGAGCUAAUGAUCGUCGCCAUCAGCCGCCAGUCGUCCGUUCCAUCCACCGGGAGACUUACAUAAGAUGUCUUCUAUUUUAAGGCCUCUCAUCAUGCCACAACGCUCCUUCAUGACAAUCUCGCCCAAAGACGACCUUCCGGAUUCAGGAAGGUACCACUUGAGAUCUCUUCGAUACAUACGGCCGAUAAGCCGUUUGCCUCUCGACUGUUUUCCUCGCCUAUCUACUGCGAUCUGCUCUGGACCUCUACCAUCCUCGAAUACUCCUGAGACCGCACGAAGAUUUCACCAGGGCCCAGCAGCAAAGAUGCCUCUGAUCACACAGGUCGCCGACCGAGAUCGCCAAAGGGCGUCGUUGUAUCCAUACCCAGCGACGCCUAUCCUGGGCGUUGCAAACUUCAUCUCAGGAGCCAUCGUGGCAGGGAUAUUGGCAUACUUUGUCCAUUACCUGAGGAUGGACAACAUGUCGGCGCCAACAGAAUUGGUCUUCGUCCUCGUUGUCGCAUGCAUUAGCCUGUUGGAUCAGAUAGCCGCCAUCUUCCGGCACAAAGUCUUCUUGCUUUCGGCACGGUUCAACCUAUUUGUCCAUCUGUUCAUCUUGAGUCUCUGGUGUGCAGCGUUCGGUCUAUUGUCCUGGAGAUUGGGCGGAAUGGUCCUAUCACAUUCAUGUACCGUCAAGAUAUGGCAGACCUCCAUGGGCGUCAUGGUUUGCCGAUUGUACAAGGCGAUGUACUCGUUCUCGGCCAUCAGUUUAGCUCUCGCUGCAGGCUCUGCCAUUCUCGACUAUGUGGUCUUACAGGAGGAUGCGGGCGCUGGCACUUAUCAUCCAUUGGAGGGCAAGGUCAAAGCUGUCAAGAUAUAAUGAUGAAUGGCGGCAAGCAGAGCGGAGCAGAUCAGAUCAGGCGCCCCAAACAGUACAUAUCGACGCAUGCAUGGAGUCCUUGGUAAUUUUCUUGACUUGGAGGAGGCAACAUCGUCAAUUGCGAUCAUAGCCUGGCGUCAGACGUCUUUGGGCCGAAUCUGGAGACAACGAAUUUUAAAUGGAAGCCGCUAGCACUGCAAUCCAGAUCUGUGGUUCCUUGACCUUUUCAUUUCUUAUCAUAUUGAUAGAACCCAGAACCCGACUUCACACCAAGCUUGCCUUGGUCAAUCAUCUCUUGCAGAUACGUCCGAGGUUGCUCUGGGAUACCUGAUCUUACAUCUGCAUAAUGCUGCUCGAUAUCGCGGACUACAUCCAAUCCGACUACGUCCAUCUGCUCGCAAGGACCUUUGGGCGUUUUCAGCACGUCCUUGAAGAUCGCGUCAAUCUCUUCCGGCGUUGCGACGCCUUCGGACAAAGUCAGAAGGGCUUCUCGCUUGAUUGCUGCCCAAAUCCUACAAUUCUUCAAGUCAGAGGACAGCCUCCUUCGGAUGUUCCAGGGAUCGCCAUAUACGACGGUACUCACCUGUUAUAAAUAUAUCCUGUCGAUGUCUUGCGGACGUGAAAGGGCGAGAAGCCGUGCUUCUUUGUCUCCUCCAUUAGCAAGGUGAUGAUCUCGGGCUUCGUCUUGGUCGAACCCAUUACUUCGAUUGCUACAUGAAGGUUGGCGUGUC